GAAAGAAUUGGACUUGGAGGAUGGACCCAUCAACGAUGCGGGACCCGCCGGUCAGCGUGAGUCCCGAAUUCCCAUCCCCUACCUCGCCCCUCUCUCUCUGCUCCCCAAUUUCUCCCCAUCGAUCCUCGCCGCCUCCAUCCCUAGGCAGGCAGGCUCGAGGGAGGGACGCUCAUCUCCGGGAGGGGCUCCGCUUGCCGCACCAGGUCCGUGGGGUUGCAGGCCUACUGCUCCGCCUCCGCCUCGUACGUGGGGUGCUGGCCGUCGCUAGCGGAGGCAAUCCUCGAUCUGUUUCCGGCUACAAGAUGGGCAAGGUGCACGCUGCGUUUCAGGAGUUUCAGCAUCGUCGAGAUGGCCUUAUCAAGGCUCUCACCGCAAAUUUGGAUACAAUUAUUGAGGAAGCCAAAAAGAUUGGCAAGGAGACACCAUAUGAUCAAAGGAAGUGCCUAUGGGGAUUGGAGGACAAAAGCUGGGAGCUGCGACAUGCUGCAUAUCCAUGCUCCGAGGCUCCUCCGCAGCCUGAGCCGUUACCUCCCUUUGAAGAAGGGAUGUCACUAAUCCAAUGGACUAGGAUAGUCGCAGAUUUCAGCUAUGCUUGGCUUGCGACUUUCUCAGCAUAUCUGUCCUCCUCUUUUACCCUUGAAGAAAGCUGUUGGAGGAUGGACGGCAAGCAGCUCAUGGUCUUGGUCGCCGACGCCACCGUGCUGCUCAAGAAAACCACGAGCAGACGACACACGACAAUCAGUGGCGCGGGGCAACGAGGAGCCGGUGUUGUGGCCUGAAGAUGAGAGAGCGUCAGAAUCUGAAGACGAAACUGACAGGCCUGAAGACGACACUGUACCUCAAAGCUGCACUCGCAAGUGGAGAACCUGGGCAGGCGUGCGCGUGUGCGCUAUGCAUCUCCAACUGCAAAUGGAGAACUUGCCGCACUUGCAACUAUAGUAAUAUGAGAACUGUAUCCAAUGGAAAGGAUUUGAUAAUGUUGUACCGAAAAUUAUGGAAAUGGCAUGUUGUACCAGUGAUAAAUGAAAAUUGGGCAGCAUUUUGGCAGUGUUGUACUGUCGUACCACCGUGAUAAUUGAAAAUUGGGCAGCAUUUUGGGAGUUAUUUUUUACUGAUUAUAGGGACAACAAACUGGGACAAAAUGCAAUGUAAUAGAUGACAA